CCGGUACAUUCAGAGGCAAACUGUCCACGGCAGGGCUCGGUCGGUCUCGCUUUUUCUUCUCAAGUUCGCCUCCACUGGAUACGAGGGGGAGGGGCUGAAGACCACGUUUUUCACCCGAUUCGCGGAGUAUAGUGCAUUCACUUAUUUUCUUCCUGGUGCAAUCUGUACAUUUACAGUGCUAUUCUUAUUUUUUUGUGUUAGUGAUAUUUUAAGAUCUUCUAAAUAUAAAUAAUUGGAAUGGAGAAGAGUCUUCACGAAAGAGACAGGGUAGGAGUCCAGGACUCGGUGCUUUUGGAGGAUUUUAGGAGCGAGCUUGCAUUCCUUGAGAACCUUCGAAAGAGAUUCAAGGAAAAUAUAAUCUAUACGUACAUCGGGCAAGUACUUGUGUCAGUCAAUCCGUAUAAAAAUUUGCCAAUCUAUGGCCAUGAAACUGUCGGCGAGUACCAGAACAGCCACCUGAUUGAAAACCCCCCUCACGUAUUUGCUACUACAGAAGCAGCCUAUAGGUCACUUAUUGAAGAGCAUAUUGACCAAUGCAUACUGAUUUCUGGCGAAUCUGGCUCUGGCAAAACGGAAGCGAGCAAGAAAGUCCUAGAGUACAUAGCGGCAGUCUCGAACCACAACGGGCAAGUGCAAUCUGUGAAAGACAAACUUCUCUAUUCAAAUCCAAUUUUGGAAGCGUUCGGAAAUGCAAAAACGACGAGAAAUGACAACUCAAGCAGAUUUGGAAAGUACAUGGACAUCGAAUUUAACGAAAUGGGAGAUCCAGUUGGUGGGAAUAUAAUUAAUUAUCUUUUAGAGAAGUCUAGGGUAGUGGAUCAAAAUAGGGGUGAGAGGAAUUUUCACAUCUUUUACCAACUUCUCGCCGGUGCCGAUGAUGACCUUCUUGAAAAACUUUACCUCAAAAGACUGCCCGGUUAUUACAAUUACAUUUCCAAUUCUGAGAAAGACACCAUAGAAGGGAUGAACGAUGCAAAACAGAUGAGUGCCGUUUGGCAAGCGAUGCACACACUGGGUCUCACUCCUGAAGAACAGGAAGAAAUAAUGGCGAUCGUGGCAAGCGUGUUGCACUUAGGCAAUAUCGGAGUCGGAGACGAUCAGGGCAAGGCGUUCCUCAACAAUUCUUACCAUAUUUCCUGCACUGCCAAGCUCUUAGGCUGCCCGGAAGACAAGCUGAAAGAAGCGCUGACACAAAAGACGAUCCUAGCCAAGGGUGAAAGUGUGACUUCUCCUUUAGACAGGGAGACUGCCGUCUACGCCAGGGACGCACUUGCAAAAGCAAUUUACGACAGGCUUUUCUCUUGGAUGGUUAUGCGUUUCAAUGAAGCCCUGCAACCAUCCAAACCGACGACAACGCCCAAUCUAAUGGGUAUUUUAGAUAUUUACGGAUUUGAAAUUUUCCAACGUAACAGUUUCGAACAAUUUUGCAUAAAUUACUGUAAUGAAAAGCUGCAACAACUCUUCAUCGAACUGACUUUAAAGUCUGAACAAGAAGAAUAUCACAAAGAGGGCAUCGAAUGGGAGCCAGUCGAGUACUUCAACAACAACAUCAUCAUAAACUUAAUAGAAGAAAAAUAUAAAGGAAUAAUUUCGCUUCUUGAUGAGGAAUGUCUUCGUCCUGGGGAAACAUCGGAUCUGACUUUUCUCGAUAAAAUGUGCCAUCAACUUAGCUCGCACGAUCAUUUCAUCAGCCACAAAAAGGCUGAUAGCCAGUUGAAGAAAAGAAUGAAGAGAGAGGAAUUCACUCUCGUCCACUAUGCAGGAGAAGUGAUUUACGAUGUGCAAGGAUUUUUAGAUAAAAACAAUGAUCUCCUCUUCCGCGAUUUGAGGGAAGUCAUGUCAAACACAACAAAUUCAAUUGUUAAGACUGUGUUUCCAAAAUCGGAACUGUUAAGUAAAAAGAGACCGGAUACAGCAAUAACGCAAUUUAAGUCAAGUUUAAAUGAGUUGAUGAAUACGUUAAUGAGUAAACAGCCAAGUUAUAUCAGAUGCAUUAAGCCGAAUGAUUUUAAGAAGCCAGGAAUGUUUUCUGGAGACAUAGUAGGCCAUCAGGUUAAGUACCUUGGUCUUAUGGAGAACUUGAGAGUAAGGAGAGCGGGCUUCGCUUAUAGAAGGCAUUAUAACGAGUUCCUGAAAAGGUACAAAAGCCUCUGCCCUCAGACUUGGCCGAAAUACGACGGUCCUGCGAAACAAGGCGUCGAAAUACUUCUGCUUCACAGAGGCUACACCAUCGAAGAGUACAGACUCGGGACGACGAAAGUUUUUAUUCGCUCUGAAAAAUCAUUAUUUGAAAUUGAAGACGCGUUCCAAUUGAAAAAGAACGAUUUGGCCACUAUAAUCCAAAGCCAUUGGCGAGGCUAUAUCCAGCGUAAGAAAUACAAAAAAAUGAAAGAGGCCGCUAUAAUGGUCGAGAAAUGGACGAGGAGGUACCUCGCUCAGAGGAAGGCGAGCAGGAGAAGACAUGCAGUGAAAAUAAUCAGAAAUUUUAUCGAAGGAUUUAUAACAAGAUACGGUCCAGUUUCGGACCUUAACAAAAGGUUCAUACAGACGACAAAAUUCCAUUAUCUCCUGAGGCUUUCGAAGUCCCUUCCUAAAAGCGUAUUAGACGACUCUUGGCCCAAAGCUCCUAGAGUCUGCCAAGCGGCUUCAGAACUUCUAAGACCAAUGCAUAAAAGAUGGCUGGCAAUGAAAUACAGAUUAUCAUUGACUCCAGAGAGAAAACUGCAGUUGGACCUCAAAGUCCUUGCUGAGGCAUUAUUCAAAGACCAGAAGAAAAGUUACGAACAUAGUCUUCCAAUUCCUUUUGUCGACAACAGGCUCACCGAUGUGCAGAAUUCGAUCAAAAAACCAUUUUUUGCAUCAGAAAGCAUACUUGGAGACACGAUCCAGUAUGGCUGCAAUGUGGUUAAAUUCGACAGACAUGGUUAUAGAAGAAGAAACCGAUUGCUUUUUGUCUCAGAUAAGCAUAUUUAUCUGGUUAUGGAGGGCGAAAAGCAGUUUAAGAUCAAGCACAAAAUUCCACUGCAGUCAAUAAGUAAGCUCGAAGUCACUUCUGAAAGAGACAGCUUCCUUCUAAUACGGAUACCACCACACUUAACCAAAGAUAAAGGCGACAUCAUACUCGAAGUGCCCAACUUGAUCGAGGUCAUAACAAAAAUUGUUCAUAUAAUGAAAAAUAAAGAAAUACUAAACAUCAAUAGUAUCAAGGACGGAAAGAUCGCUCAUAAUUUAACAGACGGAAAACAGCUAACAAUAGAUUUGACACUCGGUUCAAACGGGCCUGGGAUAUCGAAAGGAAAGAGCGGCCAGUUAAUUGUCGUCGGUUGAACAUCCAGCACAAUACCAACAAUUCACACAAAUAAAUUUUAUGCUUAUCAGACUUAGAUUAAUAACUCUCAACUAUUAGAUAGUUAUAAACGUAAAAAUAAUCUAUACAUUUUCAACAACCAUUUUGUGAUGGAAUAUCAUAAAGUCAAUGGUGCCAUAGGUAGUUUUCCUUUGAAAGGAAUGUACAAAAUGUUUUGUAUAUAUUAUCUGUGUAUAUAACACUUCCUAAUUUACCAUUUUGAUUUAGAAAUACAGCUUUGACACAUUAUUUAUGUAAAUAAUUAUUAAUAGGUUAUAAAUUUGUGCUAAUUAUUGAAAUAUAAUUUGUUAUUUCUCGA